AGAAAGAGGGAGGGUCUCGUUGUAGCUGAGCUAGCUGUUGUCCUGUAUUUCUGUAUCGUGCCUGGUAUCAAGCUGUGAAGAUACUGUAGCUCUGGAUUAUUAUCAAAGAUGUCUGACUAUCUCACAAUAGCAGAUCUAGGAAAACUGUACAUAGCUACGUUUGAUGCUCGAAUGAAGUGGAGAAACUUCUUGCUAGUUCUUAAAAUACCCUCGGAUACCAUCGACAGCAUUGGUACAAAAUGGCAAGACAAUCCUGAUGACUGCUAUCGUGAGGGUUUGAAAGAAUGGCUGAAAGUGGGUGACGGAAGCUGGGAAGAUGUUGUCAAAGCUUUGUCCAGUCCUAUUGUGGGCCAUAGUGACAUAGCCAGGACCAUCGAGAAAGAUCAUCUGCAGUCUACUGAUGCAAGCAAUCCUACUGAUGUGAAGUCAGAGGUUGACCAAAACCACCAGAAGAUCAACGAUGAUUUGACUGUUUUCUUAGAUGAACCUCUAGGUAAAGGUGCAUUUGGAGCAGUCUUCAAAGGCAGCUACAGGGGCGAGAUUUGUGCAGUCAAACUUCUAAUUUAUGAGGCUGUAGAAAUGCAGACAGGUUUCCCAGCUGGCAAAAGUGAAGAAGCCAGCAAAGCAUUUGAUCGUGAAUGUGAGUAUCUCGAGUCACUCCAGCACCCAAACGUUGUUCAGUAUUUGUCGACUGCCAAGCACCCCAAAUCAGGUGGUACAAUCCUCGUUGUUGAGCUGAUGGAUUGCAAUCUGAGAUCCUAUUUCUCUGGCCUUGAUGAAGAGUCCUCCCUCACUAGCGAAUGUAAAAUUAGCCUCAUCAAAGACAUGGCUUGUGGUCUGGCCUACAUUCACAGCAAGCAGAUUAUCCACCGUGACCUCUGUGGCGAUAACGUCUUGCUAAAGCUAACACAGCCAGUGCCUAUCGCAAAAAUUUCCGACUUUGGCAUGUCACGGCUAUACGAUCCCUCCAAGCUUAGCCACACCCUCACGGCCGUUGGUCACCGUAUGGGGUAUCUACCUUUCGAGGCUAUUCGAUUGGACAAGGAGAAUUACGAUAAUAGCGUGGAUGUUUUUUCCCUUGGGGCGAUUAUGGUACAGAUUGUUCAGAAGCUGAAGACGGUCAAAUCUCUUAUAAUCGUACUGUACAUUCUAUUAGACUGGUGGGCGUGGCCUCUUAAGCUAAUUAGAUAAUGUGAUUUAGUGUGCAUGCAAUUAUUGCUACAAGUAACACUCGCUUGUUAGUAGACACUAUCCUAAUU